UUAUAGAAUUAUUUGACGACACUAAACCUAUUAAUGCUACAACUUAUGAAGCAUCAAAUGAACUAUUAAAUAUAUUAAACGAUUUAAAUGAUGCAAUGAAUGAAGAUAAUCAAAGUGGUAUAGGUUAUAGGCUAAUAUUUGCCACAGAUUCUCCAGAUAAAGCAGAUUAUCAAGAUGGUAUAGACCAUGAACUUAUAUUUGACACAGACUCUUCCGAUGAAGAAUCAGAUAUUUUUUCGCUUAAAAUAAUGUUAGGUCAACCUUUUGACACUUGGAAUGAUGCAGAAACUUUUCUAAAUAAGUAUGAAUUAGAGAAAGUUGGGAGUGUAGUUGUGCGGGAAAGUAUCAACCAAAGAAGGUAUUGGAUUCAAAUGAUCAGAGGAACUGACAAUCUAGAGCAACAGAUUGCAAAUGGAGAUGCACAAAGUAUUAGACGCCUUUUAAGAAAAAAAUUUCCUGAGAGGAAGAUUUAUCAAAAGGGUCUUUAUAAUUCUAUUCAAAUAGCAAAAAAAAAAUCAGUAAUACAAGUUAAAUUUGACGCCUCAGAUUUUAUGAGGCAUUUGUAUUCACAUCGAACUGAGAAUUUACAUUGGUUUGUAGAGGCCAAAUUUGAGAAAGAUGAACGUCGAUUAUGUGGAUUAGUGUGGUUGUUAUCUGAACAACAAAAUUUAUGGACCUGUUAUCAUGAUAUUCUUUUUUUUGAUAUAACAUCUUGUACUAAUAAGUACAAUAUGAUGGCUUGUUUCUUUGUUAUAAUUGACAAUUGUAAUCGAACACGACUUGUUGCAACUACAUUACUUGAAGAUGAGACAGAAAGUAGCUUUAAGAUUCAAGAACUACUUAACAAAAAGUCUGAGUAUGCAAGAAUCAAGGAAUAUAAAGAGCAAAUUCCUACAAUUGGGCUUCCAACAAUCACAAAAACUUAUUUUAAUUCUUUAGAAAAAGUUGUUUCACAAUAUCUUUUACUAGUGAUGGAAUGUAUAAAUAUCAAUGAUAUCAAAGGCACACAAGAAGAUAAUUAUGAAAUCGCAAAAAUUUACCUUGCUGAUAUUAUAUCAACAAUUAAACAUGAUCAAAUUAAAGAAAUUUGA